AUGGAUUUAGACAACGAGCCCGUUAAUCAAGAAAUUAUUAGGAGUAACAGCGAUGUUGAUACAAUCGAUAAGAUGAAUAUAGAUCAAAGCACAAAUGAGGAACAAUCUAAUGUUCAAAGCCAAGAUACUGAAUAUAUACCAGAUACGCCGGAGCUUUUACACAUCUUUUAUUCAAAAAUUUUUCCAUACAAAACUUACGCAUAUUGGCUAAAUUAUGGUAAAGAAAUCGAUAAGCCUUUUUUGAAUCGUGAAUUUAGUUUACAGUUACCUACCGAGGCGGUUAUUAGAAAUCUAUCGUUUAGUGGCCCUGAUGAAAUGAAAACAGAGAUUCUCAAAUUCUGUCCGUCAAAGUUUGAUGUGGGAGCGGUUUAUACUGCUAAACCAAAAGACAAAAAAUCUUUAAGGCCAUCUGCCUUUAAACCCGUUGAGAAGGAAUUGGUUUUUGACAUCGAUAUGACAGAUUACGAUGAUAUCCGUACAUGUUGCAGUGGUGGUGAUAUUUGCAACAAAUGUUGGCAAUUUAUGACGGUUGCUAUAAAAAUACUCGAUGUUUCUCUUAGAGGUGCAAUUUUAUGUUUAAUGGCCGCUUAUUAUACUUUCCAGCUGACACAAAUUUUCUUUAACACAGAGGAUUUUGGAUUUAAGCAUUUGCUUUGGAUAUAUUCUGGUCGGCGCGGGGUCCAUUGUUGGGUUAGUGAUGAACGUGCUCGUAAACUAAAUAAUGAGGAAAGAAAAGCAAUUGUAGCGUAUCUAGAGGUCGUAAAGGGUGGGGCUCAACAGAGUAAAAAAGUUCGCCUUUAUAAAACUCUUCAUCCAUCAUUAAGUCGAUCUCUUGAAAUUAUUGAAAAAUAUUUUGAACAAGUGAUUUUGGAAGAUCAGGAUGUACUUCAGGAUGAGAAAAAUUGGACCAAAGUUCUGAAUUGCAUUCCCGACGAAGGUGUAAAGAAAAAGUUACAUGAUAAUUGGUUACAAUCGCCAAAAAGAUCAUCCGUUGAUAAAUGGAACGAUUUAGAAUAUGAAGUGCAAUAUGGAGCGGCAAAGAAAGCUUCAAAGAAAUUAGAAUCAUUACAAAUGUGUACAAAAGAAAUCAUGUUCCAGUACCUCUACCCGAGGCUGGACGAGAAGGUGACGACACAAAUUAACCAUUUGUUAAAAAGUCCUUUUUGCGUUCACCCCAAAACAGGAAGAGUAUGCGUGACAAUUUCUCCAGAAAACUGUGAAUAUUUUAAUCCGCUAGAAGUACCGACGCUUACUAUGUUAUAUCGUCAGUUGAAUGAGAGUUACGCCAACAAAACCGAUGGGAAAAGGAUUCGUAAUGAUUACGAUGUUACGUCACUUAAACCUUAUAUCAAAUACUUUGAGAACUUUGUGGAGAGUAUUGUUAGUGAAGUUCGUGAAAAAAAUCGAGCUAAGGAAGUAUUUUCUAUGGAAUUUUAA